CGCUCUGCACCACGGACAUCUCCUGGUUAUGGCCCGCCGACGCAAAAAUCGUACUCACCUCAAAGGCGGCGUUGCUUCAAACCCUGGCGCUGCGGAAGGUGUUCCUAAGUCCUUCGUCAUCAAGCACGGUCAGGUUGGGACCUCACUCGCCCAGCUCGUGCGCGAUGUGCGCAAGGUCAUGGAACCGAACACUGCCAGUCGCCUUAGGGAACGGGCACGUAACAAGCUGAAGGACUUCAUGACUAUGGCUCCUGCGCUUGGAGUUACACAUCUCCUUGCUUUCACUCUCGCAGAUGUCGCGCCUUCACUGCGAAUAGUCCGCUUGCCUGUUGGCCCGACACUGAGCUUCCGCAUAGAGCGGUAUAGCUUGCUCAAGGAUAUAACUCGGACUUCGCGGAGGGCAAAGAGUAUAGGCACUAUCGAGUACCUCAGUCCGCCUCUGCUGGUCCUCGCUUCUUUUCCGCAGCCAGGUCCGGGCACUCCUCCGCACCUCACACUCCUUAUGAAGACUUUCCAGACACUCUUCCCUCCCCUUUCGCCGAAAACUAUCUCUCUAUCAUCAGCGCGUCGGGUUGUCCUCGUUUCUUACAAUGCUGAGCGCGGCACAGUCGACUUCCGCCAUUACCUCAUCACUGUCAAGCCGUAUGGUGUUUCGAAGCGCGUGCGCAAGGUGCUCGAGGGCGCGACUGCCAAGUCCUCGUCAUCCCACGGCAUUUUAGAUCUCGGGAACGAGAAGGACGUUGCGGACUUCCUGCUCAGGAAGAAGGGCGAGCCAGGACCCAGUAGUGACGGCUAUGAGUCCGCAGCCUCGUCGGCAUCAAGUAUUGCAGGAGACGAUGCAGACGCUAUUUCUCUUGCUGACGACUAUGUGGGGCGCAAUAACAAGAAAGGUCAAAAGAGGGCAGUCAAACUCGAUGAAAUCGGCCCACGAAUGGAACUGCGACUGAUCAAGAUCGUUGAGGGCGUCCCCGGAAAGGAGGGGAAUGUUAUCUACCAUGAACUCGUCAAGAAGACGAAGGCUGAGGUGGAAAAACAAAAGGCUGAGCACGUUACUAAGGAGCGCUUGCGGAAACAGAGGCGGGAGGAGCAAGAGAGAAAUGUCGCACGCAAGAAGCGGCUUGCCGAAGAGGACAAGAAUGGCGAGGAGUCAGAUAGCGAGAGCGAAGAGUACCAUGAGGAAGGUCAAAGUUCCAAGGAGUCGGGAAACGAGGCAUUUGAAGAAGGCGAGUGGGACGACGACGAAGAGAUUAGUGAGGGAGAAGAAGGCAGUGAAGAUGACAAUAGUGAUGCGAGAGAGAGCAGCGAAGACGAGGAGGCUCGGAGGCCCCCGCCCAAAAAGCAAAAGACGAAGGGCAAGCGGUAGGCGCUGUCCUGAGUUGUUCUGGUACUGUAAUGCGGAGUGGUGAUAUUGCUCAGAUGGUGCUCAUACAGCAUGCAGUAACAUGAGUGUUUACGAUGCAGGCUUUGAAGAAGGUGAAGACGGGCUGGAGACCCAAAAGUCACCUGCCCAUUUCGACAAGAACUUCUCCGCCCGCAGCCGAACACCUUCCCAGCUGUCCAAGGCUGGCCGAACGUCGAGGUAAAAUGAAGGAUUGUUCCCAGAGGACCGUCCUGUGUAGAAAUCGAUAACAUACCGCACUCGCGUUCCACAGCGGUUGACUAUCCAGUCGUGCCGAUCAAACGGCGGCGUGUAACUGUGUAAAUUUGAGCGAAUGACAUGGUACACGCGCUGCGCUACUCACCCAAACAGCGUCUUCCAUCGAGCUUUUGGAGUCCUCUCAUUCGGCCUUCCCUUGAAGCUGACGAGCUUCACACCACCGCAUCGUUCGCCGCCCUGUCCCACUUCCCACUUCAUCACUUCUGUCCAAGCCCGCUCGUUGACCGCGUUAUGUAUCGGCACAAUAACCUUCAUAUCUGGCGCGUGAGGGUUGUGGUUCUUUCGUUCCAUGGCCGCGUAGAACUGAGCUUGUGACGGAUACACCCAGUUUGAGCCGUCCAUCCGUGGUAUGGAUGAAACCUCCCUAUCUGCUGGGAGCUUCGUGAGUGUCGACGAACUGGCCGUAGGUUGUGAAGGGGCGUCAUUUUUAGUUGAGAAUAUGCUAGUCCACGAAGUCCGCGCAGUAUGGUCGAUGGGGCAUUUUUCGGAUGAGUCCGAGUGUACACUGGCGUGGUCGACAGGGCACUUGUCUGCCUGCUGUUGUGCUGCCGCAGGAGUCUUGUGGUCGACGGGACACUUGUCUGAGGCCAUUGCUGAUCACCUGCACUUCCUGUCGUGGAACGAAAGAGGGUCAAGGAUUAC